UAACCAUUUCACCCAAUAGUUCUUACACCUCAAAAGAUAACACUCGAUCACUUCAUGUGCUCUCAAUCUGGUAAUAUCCAAGACCUAGCCGCUUAUUCAGGGCAUUCGUCUUCGUGUAUUGUCGGAUCCGAACCAGAGCCUGACAGCUCUUCAAGACAGGAAUUUGUUCACCCUUCGCAACCACCCUCUGACAUGGGGAUGCGAUAUUUGAUUGCAGCGCCAGAUGAAGUACGGUAAGUCAAACCCCGCUACCCCCCAAACUUUGUUGGUCAUUUCUUUUCUCCCCUGUACCCCCGUCAACCUUGCAUUUAGGCACAUACGCUACUCCUUAGAGGUGUCUCUGAUUAUCGUUCGUUUCAAAAUAAUGCAUGCAUCUACCGCUUGUGCGAUCAGCGCUAAAGCUGGUGUGGUGAACAUGCCACGACUCAUAUCUCGUCAUGGUUCUUCUCCAGUGGUCGCACAGCUUAAGCCUCAAAUCAAGCCAAAACCACCUUUGCUUCCGCAAUGGUUCGCAUCACGCGAGUAGUCCCCGCUAUUUUGUACCACUGACGGCUGUGCUGGCUGUCAUACAUAUGCAGUCCAACUGGGCAUCAUUACUGCCAUGAAGAAUUUUAACCCAUAGACCGUGUCCCCUCAGAACCUUAUUUUUAUUUGGUCUCACAGCCAUGCAGACCCGUGGCUGAUUGAUAGCUCAGAUACAGUUCCGAUCCCGGUACCUCUCAUAGCCCUGUGUUUUCGAUAGAACCCACGAUUCCAAGCUCAAUCCCGUCCAAUAUCCCAUUCCCUCCAUACGCGCAUGCCUAUCAGUCACCGCUGAACGGUCCCACGUACUCAGGUGGGAGCAACUCGUACUUUUCUCCGAGCUCGUCGUUAUUUUCUAUGCCCGAUAUUAAGCCCCGCUUGAACUCUAUGUACGUACCUUCCACCCCCUUUUAAGUACUUCGAUACACCGUCAUCUUCUGUGCACAGAUAAUAAUGAUCUAUCCGCACAGUCACUCCUCCCCUGGAAUGGCACCACCCUCACGCUCACCAGCCUUACCACACCUACAAUCACCAAUAAGCACACGAGAUUUAUACGCAGGUGCAACACCACAUUUACGUCGAACGGACGGAAUUUCCAGAUCUCCGUCAACUUCUGGGACUGUAAGAGGCGUGCCGUUAUCACCAUCGACCAGCGGCUUCGCAAGUCCAACGAAUAUGGAGGGUUCUCAGCUUGGAGGGCAACUCACCCCUCCUCUCAAUCCAACAGAAGUCAUACAUACUUUGCAGGCGGCUGACGGACAGAUUAUUACCCCGGAAAUCUUUGGAAAAAUCGAUAAGGGAUUUUUCAUGGCAGAAAACGACUGGACUUGCUACAGGAGAAAUUACUUUUCAUUAAGUUGCUCAUUCACACUUCAACCCAUUGUACCAGCAGGAAGUAUACAUCUUUUGUUGCCUGGUGGGAUGAGACCGCAGGUGCAACACUUUGCGAUGUCCAUAGCUGCAGUGGUGGAUACGCGCGAUGGGAAAUCCAUAGAAUUGGUCCAGCACACUCCGAAACGAGACAAAGGACCACAAGAAAAGCCACCUCGACUUCCGGUUGCCCCACGGCCACAUACAACACAUAAUAUGUAUGGUGGCGACAACGGAAUUGGCGGCGGGCCACGUGGAAUGUACGAUGGAUCCUUCGGCCAGUCACCAAAUACCCCACCCACUGAAGCGACUUUUGAGCGUAUCCAAUUCAAAAAUGCGACAGCGAAUAAUGGAAAACGGAGAGCGGCUCAGCAAUAUUAUCAUCUAUUGGUGGAACUUUUUGCGGAUCUUGGAAACAACCAGAAUCAUUCAGAACGCUGGGUGAAAGUUGCGAUCCGCAUGUCCGCACCAAUGGUUGUACGUGGUCGCUCGCCCGGCCAUUACCAAAGCGAACGCAGAGGUAGCAACGCGAGCUCUGGACCCGGAGGUGCUGGAGGUGCUGGUGGAGGCGGUUCAUAUACACCAUCUGGCGGGUCCUCUCGCACUCCAGGCGAUAUUACCAUGUCUGGCACUUCUUCCAUGCUUCCUGGUUCUAGCAGUUAUGGCUCUUACGAUGGUCGAUCACACCAUUAUCGCACUGGACCACUUCAGAUUCCCAUGGAGCCCACUCUUUCCGCUGAAGAAGCAAAAAAUAUACAGGAUGCUCCCAACUACUUGUACUACCCGGCUGGACUAUGGGACGACCAGGAAUCACGAAAUCAAUUACCCAGUCUCCCGGAAUAUGCGCCAGGUAAAGUUAAGCAGGAAUAUACUGCGAGUGGCUAUUCUCUACCUAGUAUCAGUGGUGCGCAAGAUGCUUUGGGUAGGCAUUGUGGGAGGUGGGAAGGGGUCCCGGAAUCGAAGGGAUAUUUUCCAACAAUGGCACUGACGCAAGAGCUUAAUAUCAGCUAGCCAUUAGAGAUGGAGAAAUAAUCGCUAUUUAACUUGCGAUACAAUACGCGUGCAAUACUAGGAUGCAGCACUCGUAAAACUUGUCUUGUCUAUUUUUUUCCUAUCUGACGCCGGCCAUUUUAAUUCAUCCUUCGCGCAUCAUAGUCUCAUCGUCGCCUGCUUUUGGAAUGAUCACCUGGAGUAUACGGGACUGGCUCAUAGCUCGGUUGCUUGAUAUGUUUACAGCAAAUAUUUUGAUUGGCGCAAGGAAUAUGAAAGGAGUGAAGGCUCAAGGGACAUAUUCAUACAUUUGAUUAGGAGAUACACGUGGGGGAAUACUAAAAAAUCGAACGGCACCAGGUUCAUGUCAUCUUGACAUGAUAUCACAUGCACAUACGAGGGAUCAAAUGGAUGAGAUGAAUGGAUGGUGAAAAACUUGCAUCUAUGUCUGGUCUAGGAUGGAACGGGAAAAAAAACAUAUCGGAUUUCGUUGACGGAGUUGGGUCUGUUCUCAGGUACCUUUUCUUUUGUGGGAAUUUUGGUCAUGGCAUGAUGGAUGAAUGGAUGGGUAAAUGGGUAACAAGGAACGGGACUAGCAACGGAUUGGGAUGGAUGGGUAUAUGAUCUUGCCAGUUGCGGAUCCUGGUGUUUCUUACGUGCUUCGCUGAUGGAUUUCUCAUCAUGUUUUUUUGUUAUUUCUUUUCUCAUGUUGAGCUUGAUGGGAUUGAAUUAGGCAAGGCUUAUUGCUUGACCAGUUCUUUUACACCAGUUCAGACUCAUAAGUUCCUCUUUGCUUGCAUUUGAUUAUUUCUUCUAUCUUGACUGCGUGUUAGUUGAUGUUGUUGCGUGGAGGGCUUUAGUGUUGAGGAAUGAAAUUUGAGUUGUGGGCUGCUGUUGAAUAGGCUUUUUCGUAGUUUGAGUUGUGUUUGUUGUUUUUGAGUGUGGGGAUCGAUGAGAAGAGUUGCGAACCUGAAGCGGUGGUAAAUUGACAAAUGGCUUGUGGGGAUGAAAAUUGCUAGUGAGCAGAUGCGGAUUUAGGAAUCUUACAGAAAGAUUUGGAAGGAGAAGUGGAAAAAUAUGUGCAGUGGAGUAGAAGUCGGGGACGUUUUAUUCGAAUUCUAGUUUGCCAUGCCAGUCAGUUAGUCGAUUAGUCAGUCAAUGCAGGAGGCUUUUGUUGCGAUA